GAAAGGCUUGUGCACUGCGCCACUCGUGGGCAGAUAUAUACACUCAGCCCUCUCUCUCUCCUUCUCCUCCUCCUCGCUCACAUUCUCUCUUCUCCUCCAUCAGGCAACAUCCUGCUCUCACCUCCAUCUCCAGCAACCAUGUCCAGCACUGUAUCAGCCUACUCCGACAAGAUCAAAGAGAUGUCCAUGCUGUCUCUGAUCUGCUCCUGCUUCUACUCACAACCACACCCAAACAGCCUCUACCAAUAUGGAGACAUGGAGGUGAAGUCCCUGAACAAGCGGGCAUCCGGCCAGGCCUUCGAGAUCAUCUUGAAGGCCCCCGCUGACCUCUCUCCAGACAGGCCGCAGCCCCUGCUUUCUGCUCCCAAGAAGGACCUCUCCCCGGACGAGCUCCAGAAGAGGCUGGAAGCUGCGGAGGAGAGGAGAAAGUCUCAGGAGGCCCUGGUGCUGAAGCAGCUAGCUGAGAAGCGGGAACACGAGCGACAGGUGCUCCACAAGGCCCUGGAGGAGAACAACAACUUCAGCAAGAUGGCCGAAGAGAAGCUUAACUACAAGAUGGAGGUCAACAAAGAGAACCGCGAGGCCCAGCUGAAUGCGCUGAAGCAGCGGCUCCGGGAGAAGGAAAUCCAUGCCGCUGAGGUCCGUAGAAACAAAGAGCUCCAAGCUGACCUCUGUGGUUGAAAACAUUUUCUACAGUUUUGUUAAGAGAUUCUCAUCUGAUGGGUUUUUGUUGGAGGAAAUGCUACUUUUUAAAAUCUCAAUGUCUCAAAGGCUCUUGCAUUGUUCAGUAUACACUGAUUUCACAAGCUAAUAAUUUACACAGAUUGUUUCUCAUCUCUCAGUGUGUAUUUUUUUUGAAAACUACAAACAUUUGAAAUGCAAAGGCACAGUAAGUCAAAGGUCAGAUUUAAUAAACCUUUGUACCUGUGUUAAGACUGCACCUGUGAGUUCAUACAAAGGAACAACAUGAAAACAAUUGAAAAGUUAUUUCUCUUACCUUUUUUUACCUUUUGUUUAAAAUAAUGUUUGGUUCUGUCCAGAAAAAUGACCAGUUAAAUUUUGCACUAGUGUAAAUACUUGGAAAAUCUGUCUGUGUGUCAAACCUAAAAAGCUACUGUAAAAGACAGGCGUAUGGUGAAAUAUUUGAUUGUUUUAGCGCAUGGGGCAGGCGAGAAGAGGUGGUGUGUGUGUGUGUGUGUGUACAUCUUUACUGUUUGUUUCUGUGUUGGGGAUAUUGGGAUUUUGUAGAGAUGCUAGUUUUAUGCCUGUUCAUGCACACCUUUUCAGAAGGGUGUGUGUGCGCCUACGUCAGAGAGCAAGGCUGUGAGUCGAUUCAAAACAUAGUAGUUCAAUAGGUAAUGUUCAAUUCUCAUAGGAAGUAAAUGUCUACGCUGCAUCUGUACUGUGAGUGAAUCUGUUCCACAUAUUUCCAAACUGUCAUUAUCUUGAAAAAUGAGCUUGAGGUCAUAACACGAUCCCUACAUCUAUUGCAUACGGUACUUUAUGACAUGGGAACAGAGCCACGCUAAACGGACUCAAGAGUUGCCCCUGUGCUAGAGGCUUGCUCAGACCUCGUGAAACGGGAUAAUAUACCAUAUUCAGCACAAUCUACAGGCAAACACACUAACCUGGCCAUUCAUCAUGUAUAGUGACACCCAUUGUCAGUUUGUGCAGCUGUCUUUAAUCAACAUAUAAAGUUAAUCAAUUGAGUGUAUAAAAUGGAGCAUAGUCACAUUUAGGCCUCAGCUCAAUAAAGUUCAGUAUUCACGUUGCUGUAGGUCAGGAAAUGAAUAAGGUUAUGACACAUAUGUUUAAUUUGCUUGAAGAGUGGCUUCCGUUCUCGCUUCAGUUUCAUUUCCUGGCUACUGAAAUCUCCCACACAGUCUGUUUAUUUCUGAGAGACACUCACUUGUGACUGUUGAGUAAGUGCCACUGUAGGGGACUAUAUUCAGUAACAAGAUGACUCCACGACAGAAUGCCAUAGUUAGUUUGCAGUGAGAUACAGAGUCAAUGUGAAAUAACUAGUUUUAUGCAAAUCAUAUGCAAAUAAGAAGGAUUAUGAUGUGAACUUUGGCAUGCGAUGUAGAGGUAUCAAAUGCUGACAUAGCCUGAAUGUAUUACCAGACACACUUGCUCUUCUAGCAGCAUAUAAGCCUGGGUUACUCGUGCCAGGUUUCCCUAUACAGUAUAAUGCUGGGAUAAUGCUGCUCAGCUUCAGUGGGGUUGCGCUAGGACACACAGUGGGGUUAUGCUAGGACACAAUUCUGUCAUGCUGGUGCUUGACUUGGUUGGUUGUCGCCUUGCUUAAGUAACCUUGACAUCGUGCCAACUACUGUUUUAAUUAUCUUUGUCUAAGAUGGGUCCAGCAGUCCAUUAUGCUUACAUACACAGUCUCCGCACAUAUAACGACUCUGUGUGAAUAACUCACCUUUGGUCAGCCGUUGUUGCUUGCAUAUAUAAGUCUGAUAAACUAUAAUACAGUUGGUGAUACCUUAUUUUUUCAUUUACAUUUGUGACAUUUAAUAAUUUACAUGUGUGUUGUUUACAAAUGUAGUAAAAUAUGUCACAUGAGAUCUGAUAUCAUAGCUUUCACACAUCUUUGAAAAAUCUAGCCUGGUAAAAAUAAUGCUUCAGAAUGAAUUUCACUGGAUCAAUAAACCCUUCAUGGCACGUUCAAACA